AUGGAAACAAAAAGCGUGUCUGAAAUGGCCGAUAUUACGAGUGCGCUUGAUAUUCCGAGCAACACCGCUCCAGAGAAAGACGUGGUCAUCAGUGGAGGAGCUCAGGAGGACACGGUGCAUCAGCCGCCUCUGCUUACGACUGAAGGGGACGAUUCUGUAUUUUACAGCAAGGAAGAGGAUGUUCCACAGCAAAUCCUCGACUCCAUUUGGGCUCCACGUUCAGGAGAACCGAUCUGGCCGGAAAAACUUCAUUCUGCUCUUCAGAUUCACAAUUCAGAAGCUCAGUCUUCAUGUCACAAUAUUGGGCUAAUUCAAGCAAGCUCUGAGCACGACAGCGUUUCCAUGCUGAAAGAAAUGGAAAACAAAGUGAAUAAUGCGUCAUCUACAGACACUGAUGUGCACGGCGAGACAGCGGCCAACGACAGAAUAACCCACACCGAAGAGCUUUCAAUGCCUCCAGUGGUUCCACCCAGAGCAUCUACUCCAGCUGAAGCUGCACAGAUGAAAGAAAGAGCUGACACAUACACAGAUGAGAGCAGUAGCUUUUUGCCUGAUGAGGCCGGAGUGACGGGACUCCCAGGAGCCGGCAGCGUGAGUCUGGAGGAAGUGGAGCAGGAACACUGGCUAGACAUUGCAUGCGAAUCCCACGACAAGCCGUUCGAUCACCUGAUGCAUGCAAAGUACGGAACGGUGUCAUAUCGGAGAAUUCAGAGAGGCCAAACGAGGAAGAGGAUCGAGAUGUUCGAGUCUAUGAUGCAGCUGUGAAAACCUUGAACAUAACACACACACACACACAUUUACUUACAUAGAUAUAUAGUACAACUAUAUAUGAUAGCACAAGACUUUUGGGUGCUUUCAAACGAAUGCUUCUUAAUAACUCAGUUAACAAUAUGAAGCCUUACACUGAGAACAUAGAUACACAGUCAGCUAACAGAAACAUUGCUCCUGAGCUGAAACAUGUGAGAAAAUAACAUUCUUAGGUAAUUAAACUCUCCAGUACUUGGUAACUAAAGAGGAUGAAAGCACAAUCCUACUGGGAAAAAAAAUCCCCAUCAUUGGAAUUUCUCUCAUGGUAUUACUGCAGUGUGCAAUAAAUCCAAGCUCGAACACAAGAGGUCAACUUUAUGUUUAUCGAGACACUGCAUAUUUCUAAAUUCAUGCUAACAAUCCGUAUGGACUGGGCAUAUAUGGGCAUAUAUUUUGUCAAAUCGUAAUAACAAAGUAGAACAGAAAACGGUGUGAAAGUUGAUAUUUGGUGCUUUGGUGCUGUAGUUAAUCUCUUUGGAAAUAAAACACUGAUUAGGUGAAGUGCAGAUUGUCAGCUUUAAUUCAAGCAAUCAAUAAUCUAUAAAUCUAGGCAUUUCAGAGUGCAUUAAGAAGUCAUGUGCCCCAAAGUCAGAAUUACAGAGCCCUCUGGAAUUAUUGGCACGACGAGGCUAAUUCAUUUGUUUUUGCUGUAAAAUGAAGACUGAUCUGGGUUUGAAAUCAAAAGAUGAAUACGAGAAGAGAGUUCCGAUUUUCAGCUUUUACUUCCUGGUGUUCAUACAGAGAUGUGUUAAACGGUAUAGAACAUUUUGUAUCAGACCACCCAAUCUGUAGGUAAGCAAAAAUAUUGGAACAUGUGACUGACAGGUGUUUCUUGUUACCCAGGUGUGUCCUGUUAGAUUGACUGUUUAAACAAUAAUAAUGCUCACAGGAACAUUUUGUCUGCCAAUUUACAGAGAACUGCAUCCAAAUUAAUCGGGAGGAACUUCAUCAUGAGCAAGACACUAGUGAUCCAAAACACACUGCCGACUCAAUAGGACUUCAUCAGGGGGGGGGGGGAGUGGAAGGUUUUAGACUGGCCGUGCCAAUCACUCACCAGACCUUAACCCGGUUGAGCAGAGGAGACUGAACAACAAUUUGGUGAUGUCAGUGAGUCACAGGCUUUGAUGUAGUUACCGCAGGCAAGAGAUAUACAAGCAAAUGUUAAGUAUCAUUUACUUGAAUUUACGUCAAGUCUUACCUAUACGCUCGCUCAUCUAAAAACUGGGUGGUCUGAUACAGUACAAAAGGUUCUAUGUUUUAUGUUGUUUAACACAUCUAGAUGUAAACACCAGAUAAUAAAAUCCUAAACUCUUGUCUCAAAUCCAUCUUUUGAGCUCAAACCCAAAUGUCUUUGGUGUACAGUACAAACAAAUGAAUUGGCCUUGCCAUUCCAAUAGUUUUGGAGGGGACUGUAAGUGUGAAGUCACCAGCUCACAAGUCAAAAUGGAGGUCAAGAACCUUCACAAGUACAAGUACAGUGUUUCUAAGCUGGUGUGUAUGAAUACUGUCCUGGGAAGUGUGGAUACGUAAUCUGUAGUUGUGUAGUUAUUUAAAAUAAUAAAUAUUACUCUAGAAGAAAGCAAUGCAGGCUUUGAGCCGGCGAUCGUUCUGCGAUGAUUCAGAUUUGCACUCGCAACAACGUCAUUCCUCUCCAUGUUUUCCUAUCUAGAGUGUGUUAAACUGGUGUUUACUGAACGGCAUUUCUGUAUACUGUAUACUGGCCAGCAUUUCUGGAGCAUUUCCUCUUAUAGUGUAUGACAUUAACACCUGUCUGUCACUGUUAUACUGUUUUAGAAAAUAAAUCAACAACGGGGUGGUGUGAUGUGGUCUGACGCAAAGCAGAUUUACCCCUGUUACCACCCUGAAGUUGGUUAUUUUCCUAUAACAGCACGACUCAAAGUGAUUUAUUCAUCCUAUACCUCAACAAUUUGCUAAUUAUUAUUAUUAGAUUAAUAAAAUAACAUACUUUUUUUUUUAAAUCAAUUCAUUGUGACAUUUAAUGUUGCAGAACAUCUGUGAGAAAAGCUAGUCAAAAAAAAAUCUAAUAAAUAUGACACGGAAAAAAAUUACAGCUUCUCGUGUUAUCUAGACAAAGCUCUCCACCCUGAAGACUAUCUCGUGUUGGAAAACUAAAAAAAAAAAAACCGACGGCAAAUUAAAAAUGUACUGCUAACUGUUAUAAAGUGCUGGCACUGGAGACUCCUUCCAAAUAUACGAAAUAAACAUCUCCUUACAGAAAACGUCACCGAAUCAACGAUUACACCCUUUAAAAUUAAUAAAUAAAUAAAUAAAUAAAUAAACAUCUGUUUACAUGAUGUAAUCUCUGCAUAUAAGUCCCUGUGAAACAAUAAUGUAUUAGAAUGAGCGCAUUAAUAUAAACCUGCGCAGCAGCAAUUACUGUCAGAGCUGCUCCUGGAAAAAAAAUGAAUCAAAACCAUCUGACCAAUCAGAUUCGAGAAACCAGCAGCGCUGCGGCAUAAUCCGAUUAACUCAGAUUUUCUGGUGAGAUUUUCAGCUCGACGGUGGCAUUCUCACCCUGCGAUGAGUCCGACCUCUCAAAAAUAAUUCCUCAGAAAGAUUUAACCACAAAAAAAAAAAAAAAAAGUUUAAUAUAGUUUAAGAAGAUUUAGGACGCUUCUUUCUUUUUUUUUAUACACCAGAAGAGACCUGGAACCAUGCUAAAGGGUCAGGAGUGCUUAUUUCUCGAUCCAGUCAAGUGUAUCUUCAUCUUAUCAAUGUGUUCUGUAACACAUUGUCACACAACUCUACAGAACUUCUACAAAAGAACUCUAGAAAACUGUAACUAAGCCUUUCUGUGCCUGUAAAUUGUGGUACACUGUUGGAGGUCAGGCUGGUGAGUAUAUUCUCUGUAUGAAAAAAAAAAAAAUAAAUUAGCUUUAGCGAUAGUGCUCUAAUCGGUUUAACAGCUUCUCUUCAUUGUGCUUUUGGCAAAUUAAAUGAGAGAGAGAGAGAGAGAGAGAGAUUUUGUUAUUUUCUUCAGAUUUGAGCUUCUGGGUUGUACAGUAAGAAGGUACUUUCCUGAAUUACAUAGAAAAGAUUAAAGUGUUUCCUGUUAAGAACUACUGUAACCACGUGAUCUUUAAUGAGGAAGAGAUUAAAAAAAAAAAACAACUUCUAUUAGAGUUUUCAUAUUGCUUAACAACUGAUGAAUGUAAAACAGGAUUGCAUGAAUAUGUGCUUUGUAUAAUAGUAAUAAUAAUAAUAAUAAUAAUAAUAAUAAUACAAUUUCUUUGUACUUGCAUAUUCAUGGUAAUAGACAGGACUCAUUCAUCCAUCCUUUUUAGCUGCUUUAUCCUGGCCAGGGUCACGGUACAUCUGGAGCCUAUCGUUGGAACACUGGGUGCAAACAGAUGAGGCAUCAAUCGAUAGCAAGGUGAGACGAACAAAAGGGAUGAGAGGAGAGAAGAAAAGGACAAGAUGAAAACUUGAAAAUCAGGGAAGCUGUUGAGACCUACAGUAACAUUGAAGGAGCUGCACGAACAUCUUGGAAGUACUGCUCACUCCCUGCAUGUGACAACAAUCUCCUAUUCGUUCAUGUCUGGGCUAUGGUGUAGGGUGGCUAGAUGGAAGCCCAUUCUCACAAAAAACAACCCACAUCCAACUAUAUCACCCCAAUCAUGUGGCCAAACAUGUUACGGUCUGAUGAGAACAAGGUAGAACUUUUUGGGCACGAUUCUAAAAGAUAUGUUUGGUGCGAUAAGACCGUUGAUCACCCGUACAACACCAUACCCAUGCUGAAGCAUGGUGGUGUAAGCAUCAUGCUAUGAGACUGCUUCUUUUCAAGUUCAAAUACUAAAUAAAUGGAUAGCUCCAAAUAUCAAUCUAUUUUGGCACAAAAAAACCUGCAGGUCUCUGUUAGACAAGCUGAAGAUGAAGAAACAAAGUCACCUUCCAGCAAAUAAUGACCCAAAGCACAAAUCGUCAGACUUCAGAAGAAAAAGAUCAGACUUCGGCAGACUUCAGAAGAAAAAGAUCAAAGUUUUGGAAUAGCGCAGUCAGAACCCAGAUCUAAAUCCCAUCCAAAACCUGAGGAAUGACUUGAAGAGGGCUGAGCACAGAAGAUCCCCAUGUAAUUUGAUAGAUCUGGAGCAUUUUUGCAAGAAAGAAUAAAAUAAAAUUAAAAAAAAAAUGCCAAAUCAAGUACUGUAUUGGAGGCUAAAGAUGCUUUAACAAAGUAUUAGUACUAGUUAGUUCUAACUAACACUUCUUUUUUCCCCUACAGUGUUUGUAUUUGUUUUUCCACUUGAAUUUUGUCGGUUGCUAUGUCACAUGGAAGGUGGAAAAAGAUCUGACAUGAUUUAUCGCGAUUUCAUCUUGACACCACAAAAACCUGCAAUUUUAACAGGGAUGUGUACACGUUUCAUGUCUACUGUAGAUAAUCUAUAGACCAUCCUCUCGUCUCGUCAUAUCACGAGAGCAGCUCUCUUGAUGCAUUUUAUGACGUUGCUGGAAGAUAGGUACACAUCCACCGGCAUGCUGUAGAGAAUCAGGUUAAGAUACUUAAUGACAGUCUAUAGAUAGUUUGGAGUUCAUGAGAUAAGGACAUCUCCAUAAGCCUUCUGAGCAGAUGAGCACCGUGAACUGAUCUGCUCAGAGUGUUGAGCGUUUUUAAAAUGACACUAUUGUGAAAAUUUCCUACACCGCUGUAACAGUCGGGUGAACGUGUUAUGAAAGUGUAAUAUUGGUGUGCCUGAUA